AUGUCUCCUCACUGCGACUCGCCGACUAACGGCUCCUCCGACUCCGUCAACGGCUUCUCUCAGUACAAUGGCAGCUCCAAUGGCUUCACCAACGGAAACGGAGCCGUCUACCAGAACGGCAACGGCGUGAACGGCCACUCCAACACCUCCCACAUCCAACAAUCCCCCUACCUGCGUCCCAGCGAACACAGCGAGAUCCACGACCUCAUCGGCGUGGGCUUCGGCCCGGCCUCUCUGGCCGUCGCCGUCUCUAUGCACGAUGCUCAGGAGGCCGGCCGCCAGCUCACUGGCCAGGCCUCCCCCAAGGUCCUCUUCCUCGAGAAGCAGCCUGCCUUCGCCUGGCACCCGGGAAUGCUCCUCUCCGGGGCCAAGAUGCAGAUCUCCUUCAUCAAGGACAUGGCCUCGCUGCGCAACCCGCGCUCCCAGUUCACCUUCCUCAACUACCUCCACAGCAACAACCGCCUCGUCGAGUUCACCAACCUCGACACCUUCCUCCCCGCCCGCGCCGAGUACGAGGACUACCUCCGCUGGUGCUCCUCCCACUUCAACGACGUCGUCGAGUACGGCCGCGAGGUCGUCUCCAUCUCCCCAGACCCCCAGACCGAAGGCGGCGUCAAGACGUGGACCGUCAAGUCGCGCAACAUCAAGACCGGCCAGGUCUCGUCCUACCAGACGCGCAACGUCCUCAUCGCCAACGGCGGCCAGCCCAACAUCCCCAAGGUCCUCCCGGCCAAGCACCCCAAGAUCAUCCACUCUUCCCAGUACGCUCAGCUCGUGCCCCAGAUCCUCAACGACAGCACGAGGCCGUACCGCGUCGCCGUCAUCGGCGCCGGCCAGUCCGCCGCCGAGAUCUUCCGCGACAUCCACCGCGCCUACCCCAACUCCAAGACGUGGAUGCUCAUGCGCAGCAACUUCCUCAAGCCCGCCGACGACUCGCCCUUCGUCAACUCCAUCUUCAACCCCAGCUACGUCGACGAGCUCCACCCCAAGAGCCACAACUACCGCCGCGCCCUCAUCAAGGAGGCCAAGGCCACCAACUACGGCGUCGUCCGCCUCCAGCUCAUCGACCACCUCUACGAGAUGCUGUACCACCAGAAGCGCCUCCUCGGCACCGACGAGCGCAAGUGGCCCCACCGCAUGCUCUUCGGCCGCAACAUCGUCCAGGUCAACGAGAGCAAGGAGACGGAGCGCCUGCAGAUCCACGUCCGCAGCAUCGAGCACGACGGCCUCGAGGACGGCUUCGUCUCCCAGCUGCCCGGCGACGAGAUCCUCGACGUCGACCUCAUCGUCGCCGCCACCGGCUACCAGCGCAACGCCCACAUCGACAUGCUCCGCGACACCUGGAGCCUGCUGCCCCAGGUCACGCCCGCCUCCAACGCCGGCGACCGGGAGAUCGUCGACGGCUGGGAGAUCGCCGAGGGCGACGCGACCGCCGGCUCGAGGAAGCUCGAGGUCGGCCGCGAUUACCGCGUGCGUUACGCCCCCGGCACCGUGGCGCCGGAGGCUGGUGUUUACCUGCAGGGAUGCUGCGAAGCGACCCACGGAUUGAGUGAUACCCUUUUGUCGAUUCUCGCCGUCAGAUCGUCCGAGAUCGUCGACUCCAUCUUCUCGGCUCCCAAGGCCAAGACUGUGUCCAACUAG